AUGCCAGUGUUGGAGGAGCUGGGCAGGUGGACAGUCUCACCAAUGCCAGUGUUGGAGGAGCUAGGCAGAUGGACAGCCUCACUGCUAGAAUACAGAGGGACAGAGGGUGGUCAGACAGACGGCCAGCCUCCAGAGGGUGUUCAGACAGACGGCCAGCCUCCAGAGAAUGGUCAGACAGACGGCCAGCCUCCAGAGGGUGGUCAGACAGACGGCCAGCCUCCAGAGGGUGGUCAGACAGACGGCCAGCCUCCAGAGGGUGGUCAGACAGACGGCCAGCCUCCAGAGGGUGUUCAGACAGACGGCCAGCCUCCAGAGAAUGGUCAGACAGACGGCCAGCCUCCAGAGGGUGGUCAGACAGACGGCCAGCCUCCAGAGGGUGGUCAGACAGACGGCCAGCCUCCAGAGAGUGGUCAGACAGACGGCCAGCCUCCAGAGAAUGGUCAGACAGACGGCCAGCCUCCAGAGAGUGGUCAGACAGACGGCCAGCCUCCAGAGGGUGGUCAGACAGACGGCCAGCCUCCAGAGGGUGGUCAGACAGACGGCCAGCCUCCAGAGGGUGGUCAGACAGACGGCCAGCCUCCAGAGAAUGGUCAGACAGACGGCCAGCCUCCAGAGGGUGGUCAGACAGACGGCCAGCCUCCAGAGGGUGGUCAGACAGACGGCCAGCCUCCAGAGGGUGGUCAGACAGACGGCCAGCCUCCAGAGGGUGGUCAGACAGACGGCCAGCCUCCAGAGGGUGGUCAGACAGACGGCCAGCCUCCAGAGGGUGGUCAGACAGACGGCCAGCCUCCAGAGGGUGGUCAGACAGACGGCCAGCCUCCAGAGGGUGGUCAGACAGACGGCCAGCCUCCAGAGAAUGGUCAGACAGACGGCCAGCCUCCAGAGGGUAUUCAGGCAGGGAUCAAGGACAUCCUUGUUAUUUGUGAUGAUUCCUCUGAGUGUCUGCAGGAAUCCCCAUUUGAGGUGAUAAAAAAAAGCCUGAAAAGUAAAGAAGACUCUUAG